ACCACAGAGAAGAUGUUGCGCGUUAUUUUCGCUCCUUAUCAUCUUUGUCGACGGACUCUAAGGAAUACUUUGACUGAACAGCAGUGGACCGUCCUGGCAGUUAAAAGAUAUUUACGAUUGUUUACGAGGGUUGUGUUUGGCUAAAUAAUCCACCAUGGAGAAAUCCAGUUUCUAACUGCCUACAAAGGAUGCAUACCACACGUAGCCCCUCAUCCAUCCCGACAGGUGUCUCAGGAGAUGCCCUGGACCUCAGCUUGACAGGCUCUCAGCUCUCUGUGUCCAAACGGCCCAGUAGCGCGUCACCUGGCAAAUACUUCUCCCGCUCUGUGUCAGUGUCCGUGGCCAGCGACAGCAAGGGAAAACGCAACACCCUGACUGAUGCUAGCUUUGGCAGCUCUCGCUCCAUCAAGAACCUUCGGCGAUCCAACAGCACCACUCAGGUUAACCAGCAGGCCAACAUCAGUUUAAGUGAGGACCAGAGUGAUGACUUCCUGGCCCUGUUUGACAGCAGCUCAGAUGGUCGUAGGAAGCUUGCCAGUCUCAGCAAGGCCUCACCUGACAGGACCACAUGGAACAUCCUGGAUGACCAGCCUAGAGCUUUCCCCGUACCCUCUAGUUCCCGCAGCACCGGCAGCAUGGACUCUCCCACCAGCCUGAAGAAGAGAGAGCCUGGCAUUGCACUGGCUGCCAAUUUCACUGCCAACAACAGGAGCAACAAAGGAGCUGUGGGGAACUCUGUCACCACCAUUUUGCACAAUAACUACUCUGAAAAGCCGCUCACACCUAAGAGCUCCAAUCAGAAGCCAUCCUUCAACAACAUCCUGAAGGCCACAGUGAACGAUGAGGCUUCACUGGAGAGCGGAUCCCUAACCAAAUCCCAGAAGAACUUCACAACAUCCUCCACCUCCAAUAACAAGACUCCAACAUCAACGCUGCGUGGCAGCCCCAUCCCAGCCCGCAGGAGAGAGGUCACUGAGGAGGAGGCAGAGAGGUUCAUUCAGCAGGUGAACCAGGCGGCAGUCACCAUCCAGCGCUGGUACAGACGCCAUGCCAAGAAACAACAUGAUGACCAGGCAGCGCUCAAACACUUCCUCACCACCAAGAAAAAGGAGCGGGAGCAGAGAGCAGAGGAAGACAGGUUGCCAGAGCAACAGAAGAAGAAGGAGGAGGACAGGAAACGAAUCCGUGAGGAGAAGGCUCGUCUGGCUCGCCUUGCUGCCAUCCAGGAGCUGCAGCAGAAAAGAGCUCAGCGGGCUGCAGAGGUGCAACAUGUAGCUGAGGAGGAGCUGGAAAACCUGAGGCAGAGUGGUAAGGUGGGGCGCAAGAAGCCCCCCAAGAUUUCCCCCACCAACAACAGCCCAGCUUCCCCAAGCAAGAACAGCCCAAUGUCGCCCACUGACAUCAAAGCUAAGAACACAGACUCCAAUGUGAAUGUUGUGACUGACCUUGGUGAAGUCUCCAGCUUUAGAGCCAUUUCCCCAGCUUUGUCCAAUCGCAGAGGUUCCCAGUGCUCCCAGGAGAUCCUCCAGAGGUCAGUGAGUGUGGAGGACCAGCGUCAGGGUGCUAUGUCCAGCAGGGCCCAGUCUAAAACCACCCUCAACGACCUGUUGGAUGCCCUGAAGCUGUUAGAAGAAGAGCCAGAGAGACUGUCAGAGCCCAAGAGCUACCACAAAGACAAAUAUGCCUGGAUAGAUGAGGAUGGAGACUCCAACUCUCUGACCACAGACAACCUGGAGCGUCAUGGCCAGCUGAUCCACAACCCAGCUCUGCCAGAUGGGGGCGUUCUACUCUCUGAGGCCAAGCUGCAGAGCAUCAUGAGCUUCCUGGAUGAGAUGGAGAAGUCCGAACAGGAAAGACCCCGUUCUGUCACAUCAGGAUCACACAGAGAGGUGGUGUUGUCCGAGGAGGAGCUGGUCGGAGUGGAGCAGGCAUCAGCCACUGCGGCUGAAGUCAGCGGCUCCAUGAUGAGACUCAAGCUGGAGCUGGAGGAGAAGAGACGCACCGUCAACAUGCUGCAGACUGCACUGGCCCAGCAGAGGGAGCUGACAGUGAGACAUGUGAAGGAGACGGAGAAGGAGCUGAACAGAAACUUCCAGCUCCAGAAAGAACAAUAUGAAGCCACUAUCCAGAGACAUCUGUCCUUCAUCGAUCAGCUGAUCAACGACAAAAAGGCACUAAGUGAACGCUGUGAAGGAGUGGUGGGAGAACUGAAACAGGUGGACCAGAAAUACACCAAGAAGAUUGCCCAGAUGCAGGAGCAGCAUGAAAUGGUGUGGCAAAUUCUGGGUCCCUUGUGCGAGGAGAUCAAGAAGCUGAAAGAGCUGAUGAGCGCUACAGAGAAGGCCCGUCGGGAGAAAUGGAUCGACGAGAAGACCAAGAAGAUCAAAGAGAUCACUGUCAAAGGUCUGGAACCGGAGAUCCAGAAGCUGAUCUCCAAGCAUAAGCAGGAGUUGAAAAGGCUGCGGGUCCUCCAUGAAGCUGAACUGCUGCAGGCAGACGAGAGGGCAGCCCAGCGGUAUGUCCGCCAGUGUGAGGAGCUCCGCCAGCAGCUGGAGAGGGAGAAGGAGGAGCAGUGCCAGAGAGAGAGGGAGCUGGCCAAACAGAGAUAUGAGAAGCAGCUCCAGGAAGAGGAGCUGUCCUUGCAGCAGCAGAGGAGGCGUCUCUACAAGGAGGUGGCUGAUGAGAAGGAGAGGCUGGCCCAGCUGGCUGCUAGGCAGCGAGCUGAGCUGGAGGAUCUACGGAGGCAGCUGGAGGACAACAGCUCACUGGCCGGCCGAGCCCUCAGAGAGGAGCUAGACAAGACCAGAGAGGAGCAGGAGAGGAGACACCAGGUGGAGAUGAAAGCACUACAAGAACGACUUGAGAUUGAAAAGCAGACCUGGGAAGAAAACUACAUGAAGAAAGAGGAAGCAUGGCUGCUGAGUCGGGAGCGUGAACUCAAAGAGGAAGUGCGCCGUGGACGUGACAAAGAGAUUGAGUUAGUCAUCCAGAGGCUGGAAGAAGAGACCAGCGGGGCCAGAGAAGAGUGUGAGAGGGCAGCUGACAACAGGGUGAAGCGUGUAAGGGAGAAAUACGAGGCUGAGCUGAGAGAGCUGGAGCGCUCGGAGAGGACUGCUAUGGAGAAACAGCAAGAGUUGAGGAAGAGACAGAUGGAGAUGGAGGGAGAGCUCAUCAGAAUACAGGGCUUGCUCAGACAGAAGGAGCAGGAGAUUGAGGACAUCACGCAGACUAGGGACAAGCUGGUGGAGGAGCGCCGCAGCCUUGCAGAGGUGAUCAGGCAAGAGUUUGCCGACAGGCUGGUGAUGACAGAGGAGGAGAACCGCAGGAUGAAGGUGGAGGUGUCAGAGGUCAGGGCCCGACUACGGCUUGAGGUGGAGAGAGUCACCAGGGAGAAGGAGGAAGAGCUGGCUGAGGUCCACCAACGAGUGAAGUCGGCCAUCUUGAAGAAGGAAGAAACCGUCAAUAAUCUUCGGAAGCAGCACGAGGCUGCCGUGAAGAGGGCGGAUCACCUGGAGGCCCUGUGGGAGCAGCAGAGGAAGCAGCUGCUGGAGAAGUGACUGACAGGAUGGCCAGGCCUCAUCCCUCUGGAGCACCCCCCCCGCCUCCCAGCUUCUCCCUCUUCCUUCCCUCAGUGCUCUAUCCACUGUGUCACUUGGACCACCCCCCGGUUUCUUGGUUUUCCUUUGGAUAUUGUUUCUGCCAGCAAGAUGGAGCUCCAGGGACCGAGCCUUGUCCUACCUCAUUUGAAACAUGUAAAACGGGACUUCGAAGGAACGCACUGGGCUUCAAUAUGUAGGUUCCCUCCCUAGGCAUGAAAGAUAAUGUGUGUAAACCCUCCCUUAUUUAAAAGACACAAACCAGGUGGCUACUUUCUUCAACAGCCGGCUCAAAGGCUAUCGAUGGACCCAUCCAUUCGUUCUGUUGGAGAGGAGGAAUGCUGAGAUUUUUUUUUUUUUUUUUUUUUGACCAUACCACCCCCUUUCUACAUUCUGUGGGAGUAGGAGAGCCUCCUUGUUUCCCUCACAGUGUGACUGCCACAGAGAACAGUUCCAGAUGUUUUCAAAAACCAGCCCAGGCCUGUGCUGCCGGUGUAAAGGAGAGUUGGAAAGGGUGGGGGUUGUUCUCUCUGAAGGCCCACUUACAGCCACCCACCCCCCACCAACUUCCAGGAUUCAGAUCACAGAGCUCCAAGUUGUGCCUGUGCGAGCCCAGGCUCUCGGUUCCCCCUUUUGUGUGUUGAGUCAUAGAUGCCUUUUGUGCCAGUACCCCCUCUGGGCUAGUGGUAAUUACAUGAUCUAGCCUUGGUAGGUACACCCCAACAACCCAACCCCUCCAUCUCCCCUCUCUGCAAGCCCAGUAUAGCUCUGAACAGUUUGUUAGGUACGUCUUGAACCAAAAUCAGAUCUAACAAGGAGGUUAAGAGUAGUGUACUAACAUUGGUUAUAGGCUACAGUUAUAGAGCGUGUGCAAGAAUGUUGCUAGAAAGAAUGCAAGAGUGGCUGUGGGCAAAUUUAGGAACAGGAGGGAAGAAAAAUGGGACUUCUCGUAGCGUGUUUGAGGUCAAAUACAGAGAGGUCAUGAUUGCAGAGCAGGUUUUUGAAAGCUUUUGAAUGUGGGAUUGAAAGAGGGAAGAGGAGAAGGGGGGCGGCGAAGGGAUGGAGGAAUGUGCAUAGAAAAUGUUUAUAGGAUUAGGAAAGCAGAGCCUGGGACAGAGUGGGGUUGGAGAAGGGUUGAGAGGGUGCACAAGGCAGACAGCUGGUUUCAUGUGACCGGGCGUAUGCUCAAAGCCCCAUAGGUUUUGCCACGCCAGAUUCAGAGGCGGCACUGUGACAGAAUGCAUCAUACUCUGAAUGGAGUGACAGUGGGCCUUGACCAGGCCUCAAGGCACACACAUACAAAUUAUGGACCCCCGACCUGCUCACUAAUUCUCUCAUGAGCCACCAACUCUCAGCACUUGACAUUUUCAGUGACUUUCCUUUAUGUUGCAUUUUUAUUCUUUUAAUAUGGUCUUUUUUAUUUCUAAUGUGCUAACGGCUAAAAACGGAAAAUAUGAAGGUGUUAAUAAGUUCCCCUCAUGGACACAAAAGCUCCUUGUGAGUAAGAUUUCAGCGGGAAUUGCCUUUUUAGGAGAGUCCAUAGCUUGAAUUAGUGUAGGGGUCUGUAACAAGAGUUUGCACUGCAGUAGGAAACUCUAAACCACGGAGUAAGCCUGUUAUUUAGGUGCAGCACAAUGUGACAGACUGCAUUCUACUGCAGUUCUCAUAGCCCCAUGGCCCCCCAAAUGACCUCAAAUCGUAAAAUAUUUCUUUUUUAAUUUAUUUUCCCAUGUAGCACUCUUAUUUGACGUUUUUAGUGUUAUUUUUCCAGCAAAUGCUGUGGACGAGCUAAUGGUUUUGAAGUAACAAUUUCACAAAGCUAGCGAAGGUGUCAAGUGUUUUGCGAGCGUUUCGCAAAAAUGUAAGAAAGCUGCUUGGCGAUGGCAGAUGCCAUUCUCAGAUGUUCUAAGUGCAGUAUGUCAGGUUUUUCUGACAUGGAAUGUAGGUGUCCGAGCCACAAUGGUAGAGGUUCCUAUGAAGGGUAAUGUAGUGAUGAGGGUCUAUGUAGUGCAGGGUUAUGGGUAAUGCGGUUUCUUACCUCAUUGGCAUUAAAUAUGAAUGAUGUCAUUUCAGCCACAUUGUUACCUUGGGAGGGGACAGACCAAAAUCCCAGUAGUAAAAUUCACUUCCAACUUGUCUUCACAGGUCUUUUUUUAAAAAAUGAAAAAAGAAAUUAAAACUUAAACAGUCCGUGCAUGCAGUCUUUUAGUGAGAGACAGAAGUGACUCAUUUGGUUGUCAAGGCUAGCAUGUGUCACCCAUCACAGCUGGUUUCACGGUCAGUAACUGAGAUUAGAUGUGAGUCAUGGUGACCAUGACCUGCAGGUCCCUGAGGUUUUGAAGCGCCACAGUUUGCUCCCAGCCUCCCAUUCCUCUGCUGGUACUGGCACAGCAGAUGGCUGUUGGCCUCGUACCCUAGAGGGUGGCAGUAUGGGUUGGCAUUUCUCGCGCAUGCCCGUCCCACAUGUGCCAACGAGCCUUGCCUUUGUGUGCGUGUGUGUGUGUGUGUGUUCGUGCCACAGUUGUACCAUUCCUCUGUUUUUGGCCUGGGAUGACCCUGAUGGCGUGAGUGCAGUAACACACACACACUGACACAUAUAGAGUGCUCUAUUUGAAGUUUUAGUUUCACUUUGUACACAAACCACUCCAGUUGUUUUGUUCGUAUAUAUAUAUAUAUAUAUAUAUAUAUAUAUAUAUAUAUACAUAUGUACCUUUGUGCCCGAACUCGUAGGUCUUGACUGAACCUAUUUCUUAUGUUGUUUUAGUCUAGUUUUAUUACUAUUCAUGGUGAUGGUUCAAAACUGUGAAAAUGUUGGUGACUGAUCUAUCAGCGAGAAUAAUAAAAAGAAAACGACAUUUGGAAGACA